AUGUCAUUUUUAGGGAAUCGCUGCCCUUCAGGGUACACUGGAAAACAGUGUGAUAUACUUUGUCACUGUAAGAACAAUUCUUGUGAUCUCAACGGCCACUGCACCAACAAAACCCAUUGUGACAUAGGAUGGUUUGGUCCUGCAUGUCAGUACCGUAAGUGGAAUAGGUUAUACCGUAUUUGAUUUUAAAAUGGAGACAAUAUUAAUUUAUUUUAUUUUAUUAAUUCAAUAAAAGAAAAGUGUAAAUAAAUAAACAAUAUAUUAUGAGGUUGGCUGUUUUACUGCUGGUCCGAUGAUACAAGAUAAGUUGAGUUUGUUUUGUUUACUGCUGGUCCUGGUGAUGCAAGAUAAUAUGAGUUGGUCUGGUUUACUGCUUUUUACGAUGAUACAAUAUAAUCUGAGUUUGGCUAGUUCACUGCUAUUCUAGACGAUACAAGAUAAUUUGUUUUUGUAAGCUGUAAAUGGAUUCACAAAGUAAAAUAAAAUUACAGGUGACAUCGCCAGCACUGCCGUGGGACUCAAUCAACUACUGACUGACAACAACGAAACAACGUGUUACAAGAGUGGAAAUAAAAGUAUUAAUGGGAAACUUAAAGUACCGUUGGUAUUUACCUGGGCCAGGAUU